AUGUAUUUUUAUUUUUUUAAUCAGUAUAAUUUGAAAAUUUUGGAAAAAAAAUUAUUAUCAAUUUUUAAAUAUAAUAUAAGUUCAAAAUUAUUACAAGAGUUAUUAUAUUUAGGAUUUGAAUAUAGUUUUAUGUAUAAUUAUUCAUUAAAUAUAAAUGAUUUUUCUAAUUUUAUAUAUUUAUUAAUUUUAUAUAAAAAUAAAAUUAAUAAUAUAUAUAAUAAUAAAUAUUAUGAAGUAAAAUAUAAUUAUAUAAAUAUAUUUUUAAAUAAUUAUUAUUAUUUAAAAAUUUUUAAUAGUAUUCAAACAAUAUUAAAUUAUAAUAUAUAUUUUAAAAUAAAUCCUAUUUAUUCAAAUUUAUUUUUAUUUUUUAAUAAUAAAAUUAAAAUAAAGUAUUCACAAUUACAACAAUUAGUAGGUUAUAAAGGAUAUGUUUCAAAUAUUAAUGGUAUUAUUUAUGAAAAACCUAUUAUAAAUAAUUAUAUAAAUGAAUUAAAUUUAUAUGAAUAUAUUUUAUCUUGUUUUGGUUCAAAAAAAGGUAUUAUUGAUACUGCUUUAAAAACAGCUGAUUCAGGAUAUUUAACAAAAAGAUUAGUAAAUAUUACAAAUAAUUUUAUAAUUAAAGAAAUAAAUUGUAAGUCUCCUUUUAUGUUUAGAUAUAAAUGUAAUAUGGAUGUAUAUGGAAAUAUUUUUUACCCAUUAAAUUUAUUAAAAUUUAAAAUUUUACAAAAUAAUAUUAUUCAUUUAGAUAAAGGUAUUUAUAUUAAUUUUAAAAAUAUUUAUUUAACUAAAUAUAUAUUAAAUAAAUUAUUAAAUUUAUAUUAUGUAAAUUAUAUAAAUUUAUAUAUAAAAUCAGUAUAUUUAUGUAAUAUAUUUAAUAAUAUUUGUAAUAAUUGUUUAAAUUAUAAACAAUUAUAUAAAUAUAAUUUAGGUCAACAUAUAGGAGUAAUAUCUAGUGAGGCUAUAAGUGAGCCUAGUACACAAAUGGUAUUAAGAACAUUUCAUGCUAAUUCUAUUUUAAAAUAUAAAUAUAAUCAAUCUGUUUUAAAAAAAUAUUAUAUAUAUAAAUUAUAUUCAUAUAAAUUUAAAAUAAAUAAAAUAUUUAAAUUUAUGUUUAAUUUUAAAAUGUAUUUAAAUAUAAAAUUUAAUCUUAUAUUUUUAUUAAAUAAAUUAUUAUUUAAAAAUAAGAUUAAUAAAUUUUAUUUAAAUUAUAUUUUAUUUAAUAGUCAUAUUAAAUAUAAUUUUAUAUAUAAUUCAAUUUCUAAAAAUUUUAAAUGUAAUUAUAAUAAUAUAAUUAUAAAAAAUAUUGAUAAUUUUAUAAAAUAUUAUAAUUAUAAUACGUUACAAUUAUUAAUUAAAAAUUCAUAUAAUAAAUGGAUUAUUUAUAAUUUAUAUACAUAUUAUAUUUAUUUUAAUUAUAUAAAAUUAUAUAAUAUAAAUAAUAAAGGUAUUAUUUAUUAUAAUAAUAUAAAUAAAAAAUAUAAUAUUUUAUAUUUUAUAAAUAAUUCAAUAAAUUAUAGUUCAUAUUAUUAUAUAAAUAAUUAUAAUAUAAUGAAUAAUAAUAUAAAAUUAUAUAUGUAUUUAAUUUCAAUAAAAAAAAAUAAUUUAAAAUUAAAUUAUUUAAAUAAAAUAUAUUCCUUAAAUAAUAAAUAUAUAAUUUAUAAAGUAGGAAUGAAAAAAAUAAUAUAUAAUAAAAAUUUUAUUAAUAAUAGUAUUUUAAAAUAUAAUAAAUAUGAAAAAUAUAAUAAUAAUAUUUAUGAAAUAAUUUAUUAUAAUUGGAGUAAAUAUUUAUUAAAAAAUAAUUAUUUUAAUUUAUUUAUAGUAUAUAAUAAUUAUAUAAAAUAUUUAUAUAAAAAUACUAUAAAAAAUUAUUUAUAUUUUAUUAAAAAUUUAUAUUAUGUAAAUAAUAAUUUUAUAAAUAAUUCUAUUAUAUAUAAAUUAAAUUAUAAUAUAUAUAAUAAUCAAUUUAAUAAAUUAUAUGAUUAUAAAAAAAAUAUUUAUUUAUUAUUUAUUAAUAAUUUUUAUAAUAAAAUAUUUUAUAAUUAUAUUUAUAAUAAUAUAAAUAAUUUAUAUUUAAAUGAUAUUACUGUAGGUUUAGAAUCUAUAAAUAUAUUAUUUGAAAAUAAAAAUAUAAAAAAUAAUAUAUCUUUUAUUUCAAAUAAUAUAUAUGUAAUUUACUAUGUAAAGUAUUAUAAUUAUUUAAAUAAUAUUAUAUAUAUAUAUAAUGUAUGUAAUAUUAAUAAAAUAAAUUAUUUUAAAUAUAAAUUAAAUUUUUAUUCAUAUAUAUUUGAGGAUAUUAGUUCUAUUUUAUAUAGUGGGUAUUCAUUAAAUACUGAUUUUUAUUUAAUUAAUAAUAAUUUAAAAUAUUAUUUUAAAUAUUUAUUAUCAAAUAUAAAUAUAUAUCAAUCAAUAAAAAGUUCUUAUAUUUAUAUUUAUAAUAUUUUAUUAGAAUCAAUAGUAAAACAAUAUAGUUAUCAAAAUAUUUAUCUACCUGCUAUUUAUUUUGAACUUAUUAUUAAAAAAAUGCUUUCAUGUAUUAAAAUUAUAUCAAAUAAUUUUAAUUUAUUUAAAUAUAAUGAUAUAAUACCUUUAUAUUUAAUAAAUAUAAUAAAUUAUUCUUUAAAUUUAAAUAAAUAUAAAAUUUAUAAAUAUGAACCUAUUAUUUUAGGGGUGACAAAAUCUAUUUUAGCUAAUUCUGGAUUUUUAACAAAUAUAAGUUUCCAAAAUACUUUUAAAAUUUUGAGUUCCAAUAUUUUAACCAAUAAAAUUGAUUGGUUAUUAGAUAUUAAAUCUAAAAUUAUAAUGACGGAUUUACUUCCUGUUGGGAAUGGAUGGUAUAGAUAUUUAACAGUUUAA